GAUUCUCACAGUAGACGAGGCAGUUUCAAAAGCGCAUCAUUAUAGUUUGAACAGCCUGCACUUCAAGUCAUUGACGAAUUACGUUAUAUUUUCGGACAACUGCAUUGGUGUUUUAAGGAUGAGUUCGGUUGAUGUGAAUGAUGAGAAUCGUGCUGUCUGCCUUGGAGGAAAGCAUAACAGCUCAAUUAAUGACAUUUUUGCCCUGGAUCAGCCGACUGGGAGGCCGUCUAUCCUGCGCCAGACAGAGAACCUGCCCAGCAAGACGGUGCCAAAAGCAGCUAAGGUUUGUUUUCAGACUCCAAGAAGAGACCCCGUGACUAAAAGAAUCGUAUCUCCAUCCAAGUCUGUCAAGAUGACAAGCUUGGACGAGUGUACUAAAGCAUUGGAGUCCUUAAAUUUGGAUAUGUCAAACGUUUUGCCACAAGAUGCCAUUGUUCAGUCUGAUGAGCCCAAACCUGAAGAGUCGUCUUAUCCUGAUGAUGACAUGCCGAUACAAAGCAAAGGAGGCUAUCAGUUGGAUUUUGACAACCUUGAUGCUGUCGACCCAUUUCAAGGAUCUAACAAGAUGGUCCUCUCUCCUGCAAGACCAGUUGUUGAAAACCCACCUACACCUGAAACUGAUCCUCAACACACAGAACCAGAAAAGAUCUCAGAGGAGCCUACCAAAAUAGAAUCAGCACUAGAUGAAACUCUCCCAUUCACCACCUCUGUGGAAAACUCCCUGGUUGACGUCUCUGCAAACAUCAGCUCCACAGAGAGCAGCGUUGUCACCGUUGUGAGAGUCCCAGCGGUCGAGGAACAAGAUUCAUGCACUGCCACACCUGAUGAAAAACAACCUGCCGAAACAUCGACAAGCUUUAAUCAAGACAAAGUGUCAGGCAGUUUCAUUGAAGAUGCUCCACUGCCAGCGAAAGGUUCAUACAGCUUGGAUUUUGACAACCUUGAUGAAAUAAAUCCUUUCCAAACCGGUGGCCCUAAAAUCCAGAACUCCCCUGUACUUGGGAGAAAAGAGCCAGACAAUAUCCCACCCGUCGAGGAGAUCAAUAUUAAGCAAGAUAAACCCAUAAAUGUUGAAUUGCCUGAGGUGCCUCAGCAGGUGUCUGUUCAGCCUGAAGUGAAGCCCAUAGCUGCAGUGGCCCCAAUGUCAGCUAAUGCUGCUGAGUCUGUGUCCCAGCUAGCUGAUGCCCCUGUCACAGGAGAACCGGUCAAACUCGAGUUCAGUUUCAAUGAUGGCAGCAAGGUCAAACAGAAGCCCCCACCCAAGAAACUCGGCGAAAGGCCACCUGGUGUAAAACGUAAAGAGGGAAAGCCAACAUCAGAUAUCAAACCACCAAGAGAAGCUCCAGUGAUGCCUGAUGCCUCUGACGAUGCUGCCGUUCUGGCUCCCAAAGUGUCUUAUUCGUUUGACUUUGAUAAAUUCGACGACCCGAACUUCAAUCCCUUUGGCACAAAAGCAAGCAUGCAGAACUCUCCGAUGUGCAGCAAGAAAUCUGUCCCUGUGCUCAUGGAGACUUCUGUUACAGAACAAGUGGAGGAGCCUGCAGAGAAGGAAGCUGUUUCAGAACCAUGUGCUGGAGAGAGUGUCCCAGCUGCCGUCCCCAAGCCCGGAGUGGAUGUUGAAGCCAAGGUUGCCUCUGACCCUGACAAGACAUUUCAACUUGAAGCUGAACAACCUGUGGAGAGUCCUCCUGAGCUCAAGUCAAAUGCCAUCCUGCCAGAAUGCAUUGACGAGUUUGUUCCCGGAACUGUUUUCAUGGCCAAUGAUUUUGAUGGACAAAUCGAUUACCUUGAACAGUUUGGAUCCAGCAGUUUCAAGGAGUCUGCACUGAGGAAACAAUCCUUGUACCUUAAAUUCGACCCACUCCUGAGAGAGAGCCCGAAAAAGUCUGCAGGCCCGGCUGCUCAGACCCUUCCCCGCCCCUCUCCCUUUGUUACACGACUUGAAAAUCCUCAAGAGACAGAAAAGACUGCACAUGCAACACAAAAGGAUCAUUUCAAACUGUUCGAUGAUGCUACAGCACCUGCUCCUCCAAUCCUUGAGGGUCUCGUCCCUCUUUUCCCCCAGCAAGCAAACACAGAGGACGCCAUUAUUGAAGUGCUGAAGUACAGUCAGAAAGAUUUGGACGCAGCCAUCGCCAGGGUCACAGCAGAAGCAACAGAAAAUGAGGAGCAAUGGACUGCAAAAUAUAAAAAGCUACAUGGCGAUGGUCAGGAGAUGAGGAAAAUUAUUGCAGAAUUUGAGCUUGUGAUUGCAAAAAUGAUGGCCGAUCAGGAGAAGGAGAGGGAGGUGUCCCAGGCGAAGCUCAAAGAGGUCCUGUUGGAGAAGGAUCAGGUGUCCAGUGACCUGAACGCCAUGGAGAGAUCUUUCUCUGACCUUUUCAAGAGAUUGGAGAAGUACAAGGAUGUUGUUGAGGGUUACAAAAAGAAUGAGGAGACGCUGAAAGCUUGUGCUCAAGACUAUCUGGCAAGAAUCAAAAAGGAGGAGCAGCGCUACCAGACCCUUAAAGCCCACGCUGAGGAGAAAAUUACACUUGCGAAUGGAGAAAUUGCUGAGGUGAGGUCCAAAUACAAGGCGGAGGUAUCGGGACUGCAAGCACAGCUGCGCCGGGAGCAGCUGAAGGUGCAGUCACUGGAGAAGAGCCUGGACCAGAAGGAGAAGGAGGCAGAGGAGCUGACCAAACUCUGUGAUGAGCUGAUCGGCAAAGUCCAGAGGGGUUGAGCUUAUUUGUAAAUACUGUAAAAUAUUUCAUUUUUCUUUUUGUUGUUGUCCACAUCAUUUUCUUGUUUGUCUCUUUCAAUGUUCUUAAACUGUAAGUAAAUAAAGAUGAUUUAGAAGUUUA